AGCUAAUAAUCCUAAGUCAGCUAAUAUCCUAUCUGUAUACCAAAUUUCAUGAAAAUCCAUUCAUUAAUUUCGGCGUGAUUGACCGACAAACAUCCAAAUAAAAAACUUUCACAUUUAUAAUAUUAAUAGGAUUUCGAAACUUUUUUGCUACUAUAGUUAAUAACAACAUAAAAUAAUAAACAACAGAGUUAUUUUGGUCCUGUAGGACAUGUGUUAGGUUAGAAAUUUUGAGGUUAACUAUAACAGAGAAAAAACUAAAUCAACGGGAUGGCGACUUUUAAAUCAGCCGUCUUUUUGAACGGUUCAUAUAUCGGAAUGAUUCAACUAGAAAACUAGGCGUGCAAUUGAAUAGCGCCAUUCAAUUAAAUGGCUAGUCGGAAAAUUGAACGAGUGGAUACGAUAAAUAAACAUUGCAAUCCAACCUCGCCAGGCACACCUCGCAAUGUGGAGACGUGUUUGUGGAGAAGUUAAUGCCUCAAGACUAUAACUCUGUCAAACCUUUCGAGCAGCCUCUCAAUGUGGCACAGUUCUUCAGAAACCUUUGAAUAUACUCAUUAAUUUUAGAUAGAAACAUUAAUUUUACUGAAAAAAAAAACUAUUAAUAAAUUGAAUAGCCUAUUAAUAAAGGCUCAUUUGUUUUUCGUCUUAAGAUGCGCUCAAUUUCAUAAUGGCGGAACAAACAAAUUAUCAAAAGUUUCAUAAUUAAGUUGACCUAAAGUAAAACCUUGAUACAUGUAGCAACACAUUCUGCAAAGGCACGUAUUAUACGCAAAACACCAAGCCUGAUUGAGAAAACGUCAAAACAAUUACAUAAGUAACAAUGUUUACGCAAGUUUAACGAAAUAGCGAGUCCGACGUGCGAUGCAGCCAGUCGUCCCGCGCGGCUCCACUCACCACGGUGCGCCUGCGACUGUGAUUGCUUAAUCAUUGUUUUACUCGCUUCGAUAAAUAAUAACAAAUCCCAAGAUAAAAAUGGUGCGUGAUGAAUACAGAGCGUGGUGUCAAUCAACCAAACUGUCGAAAAAAAAUACCACACUAGAUUAGUCAUCUGAGAUAGGGCAUCGUAGAUAACCGGUACUCUCCUUGCGUUCAAUCGAUUCCUCUUCAGAUCGUAUUACGAAAAGGUGUUAUCGCUGAAUCAUUCAAGUGCCCUGGCUGGAGUGACAAUAUGGUGAAACUUUUUAGGAACAAUUUAUCAGUGUCGGAUGUCUGGGUGUCUUCGAAUGACAAGUUGAGUGACUUUUACGCUUCAUCAUGGCAGCGGGGCGAAUCGCCGGUGCCUAUGCUGGUGAUACGGCUGGUGUUGGCUGCGGUGGCGACGGGCCUGUUGAUAUGGUCCCUGGUGGAAGGAGCAUCGCCAUAUUGGCUCAUAUACCUUACGAACUGGGGCCUACUUCUCGUCACUAUGAUGACAACCAGUGGAUUGUUAGUGUCAAUCAUAGCAAUCUGUGCAAAACCGGACUAUGACGAUAUUGAGGUGCCGUGGUACAUAGGUGUCUACUGGUUUAUAUACAACAUCGCGGUGAGCUUAGCACUGAUGAUUACUGCUCUCUACUGGAUACUACUCUAUAAUCCUGAUAAUUAUGAGAGUAGGCGAAUGUUCUGGUUCGACCUGUCAACGCACGGCUUUAACUCCUGCAUAGCAAUAGUUGAAUUGCUGGUGUCACGGACGCCUCUACGCCUCCUACAUAUUUACCAACCACUCGGCAUCGGAGUGUGGUACGCAGUCUUCACAGCCAUCUAUUACGCAGCCGGUGGAACUGAUUCAAAAGGCGAGCCUUAUAUUUACGAGGUACUGGACUGGCGAAACGGGCGGCGAUCUACCGCUAUAAUAUUCAUUUCGUUCGGUGGGCUAAUGGUAAUCUACAUAGUCCUGUGUGCGGUGACACUGGCCCGGGACAAGAUCUCCACGUCUCUCGUGCGCAUGACCAGCCACGACUUGCCACCGACGCCCCCAGACCUGAUGCACUCGAGAUUGGUCUGAACAAUCUACUUAGAUGCGACCUACGAAUUAUUUGUAAAGAUGGAGAGCGACAAUGAUAUUUUACAACGUCAAAAGAUGUCGUUAGUGUUCUAACUUUAUAUUUAACGUUUUCCAUUUUUAAUACCGAUGUCUAACCUUGGUUAUGAUAUUUGGACAUUGGUCCAAAUUUGAAUUCGGUUCAUUUUAGUUAUCAAAAUAACUAAUAAUGAAAAACGAUAAAUGUUGAAGAAUAAUAUAACUGAUUACUAAAAUUAAGGCAGACGUUACUAUAAUAAAUGAAGAAAUAACUGAUAGUUUUAAAAUAUUGAAUGCUAUGGUUUUUAUAAUAACUUUCAUGUUUAUACAAUUAUUUCAAAAAAUGUAUGUAACACAGUGUACCAGAAUUGGCUCGACUAAUUUCGAUAUAGUUUUUAAAGUGCAUAGAGUACAAAAUUUCGUUAACAGGUUUUAUAAGACUGCCUAGAUUAAUAUGCGAGUAAAUAUUGAACCAUAAACUAGUAUAAACCCUUGGCACGCAUAAAAGAAAAUUGAACACACAUCUAUCAGAAUAGAGCACGCCGAAGAAAAUGAAAGAAAGGUAUUUUAGAAUUCUUUACAUACAAACAUAAUGAACCAUCGAUCGCACACAUGUACUAGCCUAU